UUGUUAUUGUUUUGUAAUUUGCUCAAAUCGGUUAUGACAAAUUAAUUUUUAAGGACCACCACCAUCGGACGUGAUCUUAAACUUCACGGUUGAUACCGGUCGAUUCGAUGAAGUGGCGUAUUCGAUGUAACCGCCGCCAUUUUAAACCGUAAAUUUUAAUCAUACCUUGUCAAAUAAAAUUCAUAUGUAUGUACCAUGAAUUUUCUUUGAUGUUCCUCAAGUAACUAAAGAAACCAACAAGAACACCCGUUACUACCCUCACCGUAUUCGUUGUGUGUGCGAAACCCCUCCGUAAAAAAAUAAUAUGAGUUUUUUUGGAUUCGGCCAGUCCGCAGAGAUAGAAGUGUACCUAGAUGGGCAGGAGACCAGGAAAACUGCUGAGGUCAAGACGGAAGAUGGCAAGAAAGAAAGGCUGUUCCUUUACUACGAUGGAGAGACUGUUUCGGGGAAGGUGAAUAUCAGCCUGAAGAAACCAGGCAGUAAGUUGGAACACCAAGGCAUCAAAAUAGAGUUCAUAGGUCAGAUCGAGAUGUACUAUGACAGGGGCAACCACCACGAGUUCAUCUCUCUCGUCAAGGAAUUGGCGCGGCCCGGUGAUAUGAUAGCGCAUACCAGCUAUCCGUUUGAGUUCAGUUGCGUGGAGAAGCCUUUCGAAGUUUAUACAGGAGCUAACGUACGUCUCAGAUACUUCCUAAGGGUGACAAUCAUACGGAGGCUGGCCGAUAUCAUGAAGGAGAUCGACAUAGCCGUACACACCCUGUCCAGCUACCCCGAGAUGAACAACUCCAUCAAGAUGGAGGUCGGCAUCGAAGACUGCCUACAUAUUGAGUUCGAAUAUAAUAAAUCCAAAUAUCACUUGAAAGACGUAAUAGUCGGUAAGAUAUAUUUCCUACUGGUUCGAAUAAAGAUCAAACACAUGGAGAUAGCCAUAAUAAAACGCGAGACGACCGGCUCGGGGCCUAACACUUACACGGAGAACGUGACCAUCGCCAAGUACGAAAUCAUGGACGGCGCACCGGUCAGAGGGGAAAGCAUACCGAUCCGGGUGUUCCUGGCGGGGUACGAGUUGACGCCCACGAUGCGGGACAUCAACAAGAAGUUCUCCGUUCGCUAUUUCCUGAACCUGGUGCUGAUGGACACGGAGGACCGGAGAUACUUCAAGCAGCAGGAGAUAACGCUGUGGAGGAAAGGCGACAAGCUGCGGAAGCCGAACCUGCAGAGCCCCGCCAUCAUGGCGGGCACCCAGAACCUGCAGAAUACCAUGCAGCAGUACCAGCAGACGGACCGUGACGACCCAGACGACGAACCCACGGACGACGACGACCACCGGGCCACCAAACAGCCGCCCGUCAAGGAGGACUUCACGAGGGCGCCCCCCAACUCGCAGUCCAACGACGGGCUGGACAAGGCGGCCGUGGCGGAUCCCUUCGACCAGCGGGUGUCGUCGCCCACCCAGGACAGUCCCGAGAACCAGAUCCAGAACAUGACGAGGGAGGCGGGGGACGGCCAGAACGAUAACGGGAACGAGAACGCCGAGUGAUACAGGCAAGAGCAGUUGAGUAUGUGAUGUUAGGAGGAAGGCGGUUAUGCGAGAGGGGCUCGACGAGGGCGAACAUGUUAAAACUACGUGCACGUAAUUUGUAAAUAAUGUAAUUGUUAUAUCUACAGUUAAUAAUGAACUGUGUCAUUCUGUAUAUUAAGCAAAUUUAUUAAUUUACACUUAUAAUUUUAUUGUAUAUUUCUCAUAUAGCCAAUUAUAAAGUUAUAUACUG